AUGCCGUCACUUGUAGAUUCUCUUCCUUCUCGCCAGACAGCAAUUAUCGCCCAAGGGCCCGGAAAAGUUGCCGUCGUCCACGAUGUCCUUGUCCCACGAGUCGUUAGCCCUAAUACGGCCAUCGUGAAAACAGCCGCCGUCGCCAUCAACCCAGUCGACGCCAAAAUGCUUGACUACAGUGCUGCAUCCGGUGCGGUUCAUGGGUACGACUUUGCAGGCAUCAUUGUUGCUCUAGCGGAAGAAGGCGUGCCGACGCACUUGGCUGUAGGCGACCGUGUUGCUGGCCUUGUGCAUGGGAUGAAUUCAUUGAAACCGGAAAUCGGCGCCUUUGCCGAUUAUAUCUGUGCCACGGCAGACCUCUUGCUAAAGAUCCCCGAUCAGAUGAGUUUUGAGGAUGCAGCUACCUUGGGAAUGGGCUUGGGUACUGCUGGAAUGGCACUGUUUAAGGAAUUGAAUGUGCCAGGAUCACUCGAUUUCCUGAACGAGGAGAAGAAUCAAGAAGAGGAAGUGCAGAAACCGCCCCCCAGCAAAGCAAAAGCAAUGCCAUUUAUUUUGAUCUAUGGAGGAAGUACGGCCACGGGAACACGGGCUAUUCAGCUGGCCAAAAUGUCCGGCCUCCGGCCAAUCGCAACAUGUUCGCCCCAAAACUUCGACCUUGUGCGUUCGUUCGGUGCAGAGCAAGUAUUCGACUACCACGACGAGCGAUCCGCAGCAGAAAUCCGAUCCUACACUCGCAACUCGCUCGUCUACGCAUUAGAUUGCAUAUCUCUGUCACAAACAACCCAAUUCUGUCUAGCCGCCAUCGGCCGAGCCGGUGGACGGUACGUGGCUCUAGAACCCUAUCGUGAGCGGCUCGCUUCGAUUCGGAAAGCUGUGAAGAUGUCAUGGAUUAUGAUGCUGACCAUUUUUGGCGAACGGGUUGCCCUGGAUGGUGUUUAUGGUCGUGAUGCGCAGCCGGGGGAUUAUGAGUUCGGUAAGAAGUUGUUUGGGAAGAUGCAGAGGUUAUUGGAUCAGGGUGAGGAUAUUGUUCGAACUCAUCCAGUGCAGCUGAUGGGUGGAAGAUGGGAGGGGGUUGUGAAGGGGUUGGAUUUAAUUAGGGCAUCGGAGUUGUCUGGCCGUAAGCUGGUUUAUUCUAUCUAA